AUGAAAAUCAGAGUAGGGCUGCUGGUAGGCUACGAUGGAAGUAGAUACCACGGCCUCCAGUUCAACAAGGACCUGGAUACCGUGGAAAAGAAGAUAGUCGAGUGUCUGCUCAGGAUGGAUGCAAUCAGUGAAAGAAAUGCAGGAGACCCAAGAAAGAUCCACAUCAAAUCAUCCUCAAGGACAGAUAAGGGCGUUCAUGCCGCACUCAACCUUGUGUCGGUCAAAAUAGAGCUUGGUGUCUCCCCAGAACUGGUCUCAGGCCUCAGAGAGCUGCUUUCGAAGGAGGGCAUCCAUCUGUACGACAUCGUAAGGCUUACAAAGAGCAUCGUCCCGUCUAAGCAGGCCAUCUCAAGGACUUAUGAGUACAUCGUCCCGACAUACUUUCUUGCAGAGGGAGACUUCAGCAGAGAGGUCGAGGUGUUGAGCCAAGGAGACGAAGAAUGCAGGGGCGACAGAAUAGGAAGGGUCUAUCCUGAAAGCAUGAUCGACAGCGUGGUAGGAUAUACCUCUUCGGAAGACGAUACCAGGGUCUUUAGCACCAUCCUUCAGAAGUAUGUAGGAACCAAAGACUUCCACAACUUCACCAAGCUCAAUAACGAAAAGGGCUCCACGAGAUACAUCAAGUCGAUCAUUGUGUCGGAUACGUAUACAGACAACGGGGUGGAGUAUGUGAAAAUAUCGAUCACCGGGCAGAGUUUCCUGCUUCACCAGAUAAGAAAGAUGGUGCUUUUUGCAGUUUUGCUGUGCAGGUACUCCAGGAAUGCAGUGGACUCGAAGUUCGACAUGGUGUUCAGCAGACAUAACAUCCACGUUCCGAAGGGCCCGUCAGAGUAUCUCCUUCUUGACAAGCCUAUAUUCCAUAAGCUGAGAAGGGGAGACGGAACCACAGAGCACAUAGGAGUCAGUGAUAGUGAUAGAGAAGAGUACAAAAGAAGCACCAUCUAUCCAAAGAUCCACGAAAGGAAAAACCUUACCAGCUUCUUUGCCUGCAUGGACUCAGUAAGGUUCCACAGAGAGAACAUCGUGUUCAUUGACUAG